AUGGAAGGCUACCGCGCCAGUAGGUCAACGACGAAGAGUCAGGUUCAGAAUCCACCAAAACAGUCUCCAGCUUCACAAAAACCUGGUAAUUUAAAAUCCGCUAGUGUCUCUUCUAAAGGUUUAAAUCCUGAUUCCACUCCAAGUAGCGCCUCUGGUACCAGACUAGUAUAUACUCGGGAUCAUAACACACCAGAGUCACUUUCUGGAAAAUUAAAACCAGGAGAUGAAUUUAGAGCAAAGAGAGCUAGACCUACAAAACCUGAUGAUGAAAAGACUGUAAAGAACCCUGAGGCCAUUAGUCCUGUCAGGACUGAUAAUGAGGACCUGAUCAACGGUCUUGCUCUACAGCGUCAAUGGGACGAGAAGCCUGAUAUUGACAAUCUUUCAAACUCACUACUCAACUUAUACCAAAAACUUGAAUCUAAAGACCGUUCUAGCUUGAAUGAUUUGAGGGCUAAGAUAUUCCUAUCCUCCCUAAGGGUCCGUUCAAAGAGUGUUUGUUACCUUAACUUCACUGCGAGUCGUCUGAAAUCAGUGAUAAAAUUCUCCAAGCACUUGAAUUUAAAGUACAAUACCCUCAAUCACAAUGUUCCCAGGAUUGAGAAGCAUUACUUAACCCUGUGUAAGUACUACCAGAGGAGAAAGAGCCUGAACGAAGUUUACGAAAAGUUGAGUAAUGUAGUUUUCAAGCUCCCUAGUGUAAAACAGGCCCAGGUAACUGCCGAAGAGCUGAUUGAGAACAAAGCUAAAACGUUGGAAAAAAUCGCCAAAAUUAAAGAGCAGAUUCAGGCUCAAAAGGAUCAAAUUAACGAGAUCACUCAGUCGCUUUCAAAUAUUCUAGAUGAAGAACCCUAAACACACUAAUUUUAUUAUUUUUCA